AUGGCUUCAUCAAAGAAUGCCGAGCUCGAGACGGAGAUUGGCGCCUUGAAAGAAAGAUUUUUGGAGGAGCAGGAGAAAGUAAUUGCCCUUGAAAAUUAUUCCUGGCGGGAAAAUCUACGUUUCAUGAACGUACCAGAACAAGAAGGUGAAAACUGUGCGAACAUUAUUUACGAUAUCGUCGAAAACGAGCCAAACAUGGACGUUGAGAAUCUUCAAUUCCAUGCGAUUCAUACAGUGGGCAACGGCGUUCGUCGGAUGAGACAUCGAAAGCUUAUCCAAGGCCAAUCAUUACCCGCUUUCUGUGCAGAGAGGACAGAGAUAUGGUACUUAAAGCGAAGGGAAGGCUGCGAAAUUCUUCACAAUAUGAAAACGUGUAUAUUACUCAAGACUAUGCCAAAGCUAUUCAGAUGGAGAGAAAAGGUUUAAUCAAGGCUAUGUUUCUGGCCCGCAAGAACGGUAUGAAUGCAAGGGUGGUAGACAGAAACUUGGUGGUAAAUAACAAUGUCUAUAACGUAGAUAACAUCCCGGAUAAUCUGAAGGAAUCGAGCACCCUUAAUUCGAAUUCUAGCUGA